AUGAUCAUGCUUUAAAUUUUCUCGAAAAAUAUAAAUAAUAAAUAACCGAAAUUAAAUAUAUACAAAAUCAAAUAAAAAUUCUUUAAAAAAACUCAAUUUAUUUAAAAAAUGCCCCUUCUAAAAAAAAUAUACACUAAAUAGAACAAUUAAUAGAAAAUUCCUAAAUUCCCUAAAAAUAACAAUUUCAAAAUUAACUAAAAUAAAUUUCUUUUUUUAAAAAAAACUAAAAUGAUGACAAUAAUAAAUUAAAUUUUUAAAAAAUCCAAAAUUUAAUCAACUCAAAUUUCCAAAACGAAAAAAUAAACGAUCAUAUAUUUCUCAUCCCCACCACAUGGUUUUCUAAAUUUGAAAAAUAUAUCAAAUCCGAAGAAUAAUCUGACAUGUUAGAGCAAUCUGAGGAAAAUAAACACCAUCCAGGGGCUAUAAAUGGUCUAUAAUUACUUGAAAAUUACACUCGAGAGUAAUUAUUAGACAUUCGAUAGGCUUUUUUCGAUGAAAACUAUAUAAUAAAGAAAAAUUUGGUCGAAAAAUAGGACUAUUUGUUAUUCGAUAAAGCUAUAUCUUCCUAUUUUUAGGAAGAAUUCGGCGGUUUUCUUAUAAAAAGAUAAUUAUAAGAAAAUAUAUAAAAAUAGUUAUAUGUAGAAAUACACCUUUAAUAAAUAAACUUUGUUACAUAUCCUAUUUUCGAGAAUAAUUUAGAUGUAAAAACGAAGAAUUUGCCAUAUAAAUUUUACAUACAAAAAAACUCGAAUAUUGAAAACUUAAAAGAGAAAAUUUCCAAAAACAUAAAAAAUUUAUACAAAUUUAGUUAAUAAAUGA